UAUCUGGUCUGGGCGGCAUGGGAAAAGGUCCCGCUCGGCUACCGGUCUCGGCUGACCGCCUGAGCUGUUCGCGUUCGACAUCGUCAAGCACGUUGCUCGAGGUCUGACCGGAAGCGCCAGUGUUGAAGCUCGCACUUCGCCGUUGGGCUAGCGAGAUGAGUGGCUCGCCGCAGACGCAGCGACUGAGCCUGAACAUCGUCAAACUGUGGAGCAGCGAGGGGAAGGUGAAGCCGUGGAGCGCGCGUCGUCGUCGUUGCUUCUAGGGAGCACGUCGAUCGAGCUCGCACACUCUCAACGCUUGUCAGCAUCGCCGCAUCGAUAGCCAUCCGACGCAGGCAUGCGCACUGUCAUCAUUGGCGGCGGGCCCAGUGGCAUCGUAACGCUCAAGACGCUCCUCUCAAGUGCUGCGAUCUCUGGCGCAGAGCAUACCCAAGUCGAAGCGAUCUUGCUCGAGGCAGAAGAUCAGCUCGGCGGUACAUUCCGCUACAGAGGCUAUGAGAACGCCGAGCUCGUCAGCUCCCGUCAGCUCACCGCCUUUUCGGAUUUCAGGAUCCCGAGAAGCGAUGUCGGGCCAGGCGAUCACGUCUCACUACCGGCGUAUAUCGACUACUUGGAGCGGUACAGUGACCACUUUGAGCUGCGUGCGAAGCGCGAGAUCCAGUGGGACGGCCAGCCUGGACGGAUACGGACAGGCUGCAAGGUAGUCAGACUCGAACGGACAGGAUCUGGCCAUCGCGUUACCUAUGUCAAGCGAAAGCAGCAAGGCAACUUGCACGACGACGCUGGGAAGCUAUGGGAAGCACAAGAACACACACUCGAAUGUGAUGCGCUCGCAGUCUGCUCAGGCCUACAUGUCACCCCCUCCAUACCGGUCAUACCUGGCAUAGAGCACGUCAAAGGCGAAAAACUCCACUCAUCGCAAUACAAGGCACGCUCGCAGCUGGCAGGCAAGAAAGUCCUCAUACUCGGUGUCGGUGAGACAGCGAUGGACAUCGGCUACGAGUCCAUCAGGGCAGGCGCAGAGUCUGCAGUCAUGUGCACUCGUUCGGGCUUCCUGAGCUUCCCCAAGGUGCUUAAUGACUUUGAGGUCUUUGGUUCUACGUUCGAUGGCCAGCUGCCUAUCGAUGGACUCAUCACCAAUCUCAUGGAGACCGCAUACGUCCAUCCCUGGGUCAAGGCGACUCAUCUGCGGUGGCACUUUAGCGAUAUGAUCAUCAAGCGCGUUCUCUUCGUCCUGACGGGCACACAAGCCGGUUGCGCCCAAUGGGCCGGCUCACUCCCGCCAGAUCGUCUGGGACGAGCCUACGUCAACCUCAACAAGAGCAGCAAAGCCAUGCCGUAUCUCAUGCGGCCUUUCAAGCCAGCAAAGCGGCGAAUGGACGCUAUAGCCCGCUACAUCGAUCCACCCGAAGCUGCUCAGUCUGACAAGAUCAUCGAUCUUGCACCCUGGCCAGAUCACAUCCAGGAGGACGGCCGCGUCAUCUUUGGCAACUCGCGCGAUGGUUAUCCAGAGGCAAAGCGGAUGAAAGAUCCAACUCGCAUAGUCAAGCCUGACCUCGUCAUCUAUGCUACUGGCUACACGCAAGAAUGGGCAUGGGCAGGUGACUAUGCACGCCCUCAGGAUACCGCGAUCGAUGUGAUGGACUGCUUCGCCUCUAGCGAUCCCACCUGUGCUUUCAUCGGGCUCGUCAGGCCCGGCGUUGGCGCAAUUCCACCCAUUGCAGAAGUACAAGCCAUGAUGUGGGCGGCAGUGCUUCAAGGCGUAGCCCGGCCAAAGCCCACCUCACCUCACUAUCGACUUAUCGCAAAGAAAGGAGCAAGGAUCCAGUAUGGCGUCGAUUACUCAUCCUACAUGCACGGCUGCGCAGACGUCAUGGGAGCAGCGCCUUCGCUCUGGCCUCUUCUCUGCGAGCAUGGCCUCCAAGUCUUCUUCAUCUAUUGCUUCGGCGCAGCCUUUGUCUCAUUCUACCGACUCACCGGGCCGUUCAAGUCAGACAGAGCACCUAUUGUAGCCAAGGACGAGUUAUACGAGACCAUACAGCGCCGAGGUCUGUUGGGCAAUGCCUUUAUGGGCCUCAUACCCAUGAUCUUUUACGCAUUCGUCAACCUGUCUGCGCUCAUUCUAGAAACCCUCUGGCUCUCCUUCUCGACGCCCAUUCGCAUAUGCAUGCCACGUUCCACGCUGCAGAAGCUACACGCAGCAUGACAAAUCUGUCUGUUGACGCGCAAUCAAU